AUGGUUGCUAAUGAGCAAGCCUUUAUGACCGCGAGCACCGGGAAAAGCUCGCUGGCGGCAGAUCCAGACGAGAACCCUAAACCUCCACCGGCGAAGCUGGUGACGGUGGGAGAGAAGUGGGCCCACACCAUCCACGAGCCGGAAAAGGGAUGCCUACUCAUCGCAACAGAGAAGAUGGACGAGAUCCACAGCUUCGAAAGGACGGUGGUCCUUCUCCUGUCAACGGGCCCAGCCGGCCCAUUGGGGAUCAUCCUCAAUCGCCCGUCCCUAAUGUCCAUCAAGGAGAUGCGGGGCGAGGCUACGACGUCGGCGACGCCUCCCGAAGUGUUUUCGGGCCGGCCGUUGUUCUUUGGGGGCCCAUUGGAGGAUGGCCUGUUCUUGGUGAAGCCCAGAGGAGGGUACGACAAGGAUAGGCUGGCGAGGAGCGGGGUUUUCGAGGAGGUGAUGAAAGGGUUGUACUACGGGACAAAGGAGACGGCGGGCUGCGCGGCGGAGAUGGUGAAGAGGAAUAUGGUCGGCGUCGGGAAUUUCAGAUUCUUCGAUGGGUAUUGCUGUUGGGAGGCGGAGCAGUUGAAGGAGGAGAUUAAUGCUGGGUAUUGGACUUUGGCUGCUAGUAGCUCGAGUGUCAUUGGGCUGGAUAAGGAAGCCAGUUUUGGGCUUUGGGAAGAUGUCUCCUGGCUUCUCGGCCCAAAAACUGUUUCCUGA